AUCGACUCCUCGACUUUUCAGAAUCUGAUAGAGAAAACCCAUCACGGGUUCUGCCCCUCCUAUUUAUUUAUUUUCUUUUCCCCACGUUGUGCCCCACAAAUACAGCUUCUUCCUGAGACAGGUUUUUUAACGCAAACGAGAGGAACAACCCCCCCUCCCACCUUGAGCAGGAGCUGUCGAGAGGUCAAUCACGCUUCCAAUUAGCUUUGAGAAUCAGAGUCAAACAAGGAGAGCCAAGACAAUGGGGGAACCGGUCCGGUUUUUGAGCAACGAGGCGAAGGGUGGAUGGAUAAUUCAAAAAUUCGGUGGGACGAGUGUUGGGAAAUUUGCAGCCCAGAUUGCGGAGCAGAUUGUCAGGUACUGUACAUCAAUCACCGUUGAAUGGCUCCAACCGAACGGACAAACGAGAAGGGAAGACAAUGAUUCUUCUCAACGCUGAGAAGCGAGGAAUUGACCCAGCUGAUCAUAAGAUCCUAUGGUAGGAUAAAUAUUCAUACGAAUAAAGUCGCAAUAGUAUGUUCCGCCCGAAGCACGGAUACUAAAGCCGAAGGGACUACAAACCGGUAGGUUGACUCUUAGCUAUUCCACCCUGUGGAGUGAAGCAAUGAAGCGAAGGGCUCGAUUGAUUUCUUCCUGACCUGUUACCAGGUUGCUUCGAGCGGCGGAAGAAGCCCUGAAACCGCAUUCGAAGCUGUAUAUCGAUAUUGUGAGUGACAUCCGGGAGGACCACAUUCGCGCUGCAAAGCAGGAGAUCCGGUCGGAGGAAAUCAUCGCCACGUUAGAGAGUGAAGUUGAAGCAGAAUGUGGGAGGCUGGCGAGCUUCCUGGGCGCUGCGCAGGUCUGUCUCUACUGAUACGAGUGGGGCUAAGGCUCCCGCGAGAUGGCAAGUAGAGGGUUCCGGAGGCAGCUGAUGUGUAUUUUUAGAUCAUCGAUGAGAUUAGUCCCAAGACGAAGGAUAUCAUUGUUGGUGCCGGGGAAAAGCUUAGCUGCUUGCUCAUGACCGCAAUGCUUAGGGAUAGGGUGAGUUUCGCUUGAUCUCCUUUUCCCUUUUUUUUCCAGAUGGGCGGGGCUUGCUUGUCCCGCUUUCACUAACCACUUUGCCCGCUUGUGGGGGCGGUCGGCCGCUUAGGGCGUUGAUGCGGAAUAUGUCAAUCUCGAAAAUAUCAUUCAUGGGUCCUGCUCUGCCAAGCAUGGGCUGGAUCAGGAAUUCUACGACUACCUUGCAAAGCAAUUGGGGGAGAGGAUACAGGGCUGUGAGGGGAGGAUACCUGUCGUUACUGGUGAGUGAUUGAAUGAUGCCUGUAGGGUGCUUAUGUCAUUGCAACUUGGUCGAGCAAAGCGGAGCCGGACGGGCAGGUCAGGGAACGUGGGGCUUCUCAGGCCUAGCGAGCCGAGUGCUAAUCCUUACAUUUACUUCUGGCCAGGCUAUUUUGGGACGGUUCCCGGGAGUAUACUGUCGUCUAUCGGGAGAGGAUACACGGAUCUUUGUGCCGCGCUGCUGGCAGUUGGCCUGGAUGCGGAUGAGCUUCAGGUUUGGAAGGAGGUGGAUGGAAUUUUUACUGCGGACCCCAGAAAAGUUCCCACCGCGCGUUUGAUACCCAUAAUCACUCCAGAGGAAGCUGCGGAGUUGACCUACUAUGGCUCCGAGGUACGUUUUAGCUAUUAUUAGUGGCAUUAACAUUAUUAUCUUGGGCCAUUUUUUCCCCCGAAUUUAACUCUAUCAUAUUGGUUUCCCUGCUAACGCAUGCUCAAAGGUUAUCCACCCGUUCACCAUGGAGCAGGCGAUUAAGGCCCGUAUCCAUAUCCGCAUCAAGAACGUGGAAAAUCCCACCGGUGAGGGAACCGUGAUCUUUCCGGACUCAAUCCCUCGGAAGGGAGAAGAGACACCCACUUACCCACCUCGUCACAUACGGCUCAAGUCUCAUGAUCCACUUUUACGAGAGCGGUCGAAGCGCCCUACGGCUGUGACCACAAAAAAUAGCAUUGUGGUUUUGAACAUUCACUCCAACAGGAAAUCCCUAUCACAUGGCUUUCUUGCAAACAUCUUCUCGGUGCUGGAUCAAUGGCGCCUCACGGUGGACUUGAUCUCCACUUCUGAGGUGCACGUGUCUAUGGCCCUGCACUCCGAAGUUAGGGAGCCGGACCUCAAAGACGCAAUCGAGGAAUUGAGGAAGUAUGGCACCGUUGAUGUUAUUCGCGACUUGACUAUUCUUUCCGUUGUGGGAAAGCAAAUGAAACAGAUGAUCGGCAUAGCGAGUCGUAUGUUCACGGCUCUCGCAGAAUCGAACAUCAAUAUCGAAAUGAUUUCACAAGGCAACCUCCCCACUCUUCUUUUCCAUUCUUCACACCGCUCGCGAUUGGCAUGGCUAACGACGACACAACUGCCAUAGGCGCGAGCGAGAUAAAUAUCUCCUGCGUGAUUAGAGAAAUCGACGCGAUCAGGGCAAUGAACGUACUUCAUACAAAACUUUUCAUAUACCAGGAUUCACCAUAGGUUUAUGUCACCCCCUCGUUUUAUUUUUCAAUAUCCCCCGGUUUGAUUUGUUGGGUGGAAUUGUGAUUUUUAUUGUAUACAGCCUACUGUAUUUGUUGGAAGUACUUGUUUGGAAAGAAAAUUGAGUAGGGAUAGAGAAUGGAUAUUUAGAUACCGUUCUCCUUUGAUCCUCCCCUCCUCAAUCCUACCACAAUACAGCGGUAUGAGGAGUGAGGGUUGAGGGAUGAGGUGAAGUGUAGUGAAGUGAGAUGAUAGGCGCUAACCUGUUGCGUUUGUCGUACUGCUGCUGGGUUACUAUCAGCUGGCAAUUAGUACCGGUGCCCAUUACUUGUGUUGCAGCAGCUGUUUCUUUUUGACGGACUAGUAUUAUACUUGUGGUAGAGAUUGUGCGGUUUGGAGAGUUGGCUCCACCUUACGGAGCGAGUGGUUCCCAUUCAUUUGGUUAUAUAUUACUCGCAUAUGGGAACCGCAGUUCUCUAUGGAAUUAUUGGAAGAUUGGCACUCCAUUUGAUGUGCUCCUCUGGGAAUGAUCUGUCCAUACGCGAGACACAUGACUUUGUAUGAGCUCAACACGAGAUAUCCGAAACCACGUGCCCGCCAUACGGAGCCUGGGGUUUACGGGCCGGGGGUUUGUUUGGUUGGUUGGACUGGUUGGAGGGUGAUUGGGCUGGGCGAGUUGUUAUAGUUGGAGAUGGAGGUUUCGUCUGGAGGUCCUGGUGUCCGAACUCGAUUGGUCAGGAUACGGGUGCUCCUGGAAAAUGCUAAAUUGGAAUAGCUGCAUGGGCUUUGAAAGAUUUGGAGUAUUAUAGGACACUUGCACUUUUAUUAUGCGGCAGGCAUCGCUGCGAUUCAUCUACCGGUAGAUUAAGAGCACUUUGAAGCAGUGCCACUCGUACAGUACAGCAUGGUGCUC